GCCGCCAAUACAACAAAACAGAUUUACGUUACAAAACAAUUCAAACACUCUUCUCCGAUCAACUUCAUGCCGGAAGUUAAAGAUCCGGCGAUCAAGCUUUUUGGAAAGACAAUUCAGUUGUCUCAUGUUGAUCAUGGUUCUCAACAAUAUUGUUUUGGAGACAAUAAGAAAACUAGAGAGACAGAACAAGUAGAAGACACCAGCUCUGAUCAAUCAACAUCUAUAGGAAUCAAUGAUGAUCCCAAAACACCAAAUCCAGACAAAGAAUUCCCAACAACAACCACCACAAAAAAGGACAUUCCGAACCCGAGCCCGAAUCCGGAAGAAAAACCUCAAAAACCAGACAAGAUUCUCCCAUGUCCAAGAUGCAACAGUAUGGACACAAAAUUCUGUUACUACAACAACUACAACGUUAACCAACCUCGACACUUCUGUAAAAAUUGUCAAAGAUAUUGGACCGCAGGCGGAACAAUGCGAAACACUCCGGUCGGGUCGGGUAGACGAAAGAACAAGAGUUUGUCAUCCGCUUCGUAUUACCGACACUUGAUUUUUACCGACGGUUUGUCGAAAACGAAUGGGAGUGUUCUUAAUUUUGGCUCUGAUGUUCCUCUUUGUGAAUCCGUGAAUCAAGCUUUGAGUUUUAGUGAUAAGUCAAAAAAGUUAGAAGAUGAUAGUUCAAGUUCAAGUUCUACUUUUAAUUUGGGGGAAAAUGGUGGGAAUUUUGGUAAUUUAAGGAAUUUACCAAAAUACCCUCUUCAAAUCCCUUGUUUUUCUUCUAACCCAUGGUGUUAUCCUUGGAACUAUACUCCGUACAGAUCUCCAAACCCGGGUGUUCCUGUAAAUGUAAAUAUGUACCCGCCGCCGCAUUACUGGGGUUGUACGGUACAAGUGCCGAUGCAAAUGCAAAUGCAAGUACAAAUGCGAAUGCCAAUGAUGAACCCUAAUUCGCCAUUGGGAAAGCAUUCUAGAGAUGGGAAUUUAUUGGCAACAUCUUCUAGUAAUGGAAAUGAAGAGGUUUUGAAUGAUCCGAAUAAGGCGGUGAAAAGCGCGGUGUCGAUUAAUGGUGGAAUUCUUUCGAAGGCGUUUCAGUCGAAAAUCGAUGAAACUAGUGGAGUUGCGGGUAGUUCUUUGGCGAAUUUGCAAGCGAAUCCCGCGGCUUUAUCGAGAUCGCUUAAUUUUCGUGAGACUUCAUAGUUUGGAUAGAUUAAAGGUUUUGAGUUUUGAAGAUGGUUAGGGGGUAUAGAGGGGUGGGUUUGGUUUGGUUUUGGUUUGUGAUGACUUUAGGGUUGUAAAGUGUGAAGGGUUUAGUGUACAUGAGUAUAAAGAAAUAAAGGUGGUUAACAAAGGGGAUUUAAUGGGAAAAGAAUGAUUCUUGAAUGUGCAAAGUGCAUGGUGAUAAUGAUGAAUAAGUGAAUCAAAUUCAAGAAUUUGUCACAGUUUUCUUCUGCUUCUAGUGCUUAAACUUUUGUCAAAAGCAAGACUUUCUUCAAGUGCAAUAAGCAUGUCGAUGGAAAGAUUGAAGGAAUGAGACGUGCAUGUUGAUCUAGAAGUCUUUGAAGAGUUUGAAUAUUUUAUUUGUAGAGUGAAUUGCAAGUUUUGUCCUUUAUCUUUAGGUCAUUUUGUAAGUUUUGUCU